UGUCUACCGCCUAGGGGAGGUGCCUGAGCCCGAGCGGGCCCGCCAGCGGUCGGCCCCGUCGGCGCUGUGGGUCCUGUCGGCGGCGCCCGGGGGCGACCCGGCUUCCCGAUGGUCCUGCGCCGGCUGCCGCGGGCCGGGCUGUGCGCUUAGUGCCCGGCUCUGGCCCCCUGAAGCGUCCGCGGGGGCGGGAGCGGCCUCGGCCCCGCGGAGACGGAGCGGCUGGAGGACGAGGCGGCGGUCGCGGGGAGGAUGGGGGCUAACCAGUUAGUGGUGCUCAACGUGUACGACAUGUACUGGAUGAACGAGUACACCUCGCCCAUUGGAAUUGGAGUUUUUCAUUCAGGAAUUGAAGUGUAUGGCAGAGAAUUUGCUUAUGGUGGCCAUCCUUACCCCUUUUCUGGAAUAUUUGAAAUUUCCCCAGGAAAUGCUUCUGAACUAGGAGAAACAUUUAAAUUUAAAGAAGCUGUUGUUUUAGGGAGCACCGACUUCCUAGAAGAUGAUAUAGAAAAGAUUGUAGAAGAACUGGGAAAAGAAUACAAAGGCAAUGCCUAUCAUUUAAUGCACAAAAACUGCAAUCAUUUUUCUUCAGCUUUAUCAGAGAUUCUCUGUGGGAAAGAGAUUCCUCGCUGGAUCAAUCGGCUUGCCUACUUCAGCUCCUGUAUCCCCUUCCUGCAGAGCUGCCUCCCGAAGGAGUGGCUCACGCCCGCGGCGCUGCAGUCCAGCGUGAGCCAGGAGCUCCAGGAGGAGCUGGAGGAGGCGGAGGACGCCGUGGCCUCGGCUGCUGUGGCCAGCGCAGCCGCAGGCCCCAGGCCCGGGCGCCACACCAAACUCUAACGGUCUCCAAAGCCGCAUAUUCAGAACUGUUUCUGGCAGUUGAAUAUCACCAGCGGAAAGGAAAAGAGGAAGCGUCCUUUGGAUGUUUUGUACUCGGAAGAUGGCUCUCCCCCCAAAUCCCAGUUUUUCAGCUCAGGAUUAUAUUUGUAAUCAGACCACUCGGCGCAGGAGGGGGAACUUUGUAUGAAGCUGCCCUCUGGUUUUUUAAACCCACUUGUACAUUUGGAUUUCCUUCUUCCGUUUUAUACAAGCUCUGCUAAGUUACGUUUACAGUAUUUUGUAUCGCUGUUUACAAAUCUCGCAUGGACCCCUGCCGCCAUGAACGAAGAGAAACUUCAUGUCUUCGGACGUCAGGCAGGUAAUCUUUGUACACUUCUGACAGUUGCCAGAGUGAUGGCAUAAAUAAUAGGCACACAAAAAGUACUUAGGUGGUUGUCGUCAUCCUCACCUGCUUGACAGUUGUCCUUUAGUUUGUGUUUGUUUUUGUUACGGUUUUGGUACCCGGAUGCAGCCAGGCGAAGGAGCACACUCCCAGCCGGUGGGCCCGGGACCUCGUCUGCUGCGCGGUGGCCGCACUCGGGGCAGUUCCCGUUAGCACCCCACUCCCUCCCGCUCCGCGCGGAUCAGCACGUCCGUGGUCCCCGCCCGGCGGCUGCUGUCACUCCCAACACCCGUCCACCUAGGCAGGGGGCGUGUGCGUUCUCGUGUCCCUCUGGCUGGGAUGCCUCUGACUCUGUGACGAAGAUGUUUUUCGUUGAAGAUACUCUUGCUAGUAACUGACAGGUGGUUUCACACAUGUGUUGGGGGGGCUGCGGUUUUGGUUGAAUACAUGUCGAUACGCUCCCCGCACAGGAUUUGGUUGAUGGGUAGGAACAUCCUCAGUGGUAGCCUUCUGAGUAGCGGGAUGAGUUGACACUCAACUGCUUCGAACUAUUCAGGCUGCCUCUUAUACUAGACCUUGAAAACUAGUCGAAAGUGACACACUCCAAGAAGGUAAUGGUUUGAUAUUUUACGCAUUUUACGUACCACAUCAGAAAUAGCAUGUGGAGUUUGUCAGUCUGUUAUGGGAGUGGUUUCACCUCAUGAUAGAUAGGCUAGUCUCAUUGACCUCUUGUGUAAAAGUCACGUUUUUCUAUCCUAAAAUUCAUCUUUUUCUGUUCUCUCAAACGUGUGUCUCUUACAUGACAUAACUCUAAGAACGGGAUUGUCACCACAGAUGAGUCCUCGCCAGCGAGGAGCUUGUCUGCCGGAGCCUGUUCCCAGUGUGACCGUUGGGUGUAAGAGUCAAGUCGUCACAUGUCCGACUCAGUUCUUCUGCCUUAAGAAUGAAUGUCCUACGUAAAAUAUUGGAUGCAGUGUAUAAAUUGUCCAAGGCAGUGACUUCAGCUUUUAUAUAUAUUGUUAGUUUUAAAUCAUCUUUUAUUUAAACUUCUAGGUUGGAUUGUUAGUGCUAUUUCUCUUUGUAAAGAUACAUAACUUUUAGUAAACUACAUUUUUAACUUUUUCAUAAACUGAUUUUUGAUUCAUUUUAUCAACUUAAGCACACCUUGUUCAUCAGGAAAAUAAACCUUGAGUUGUAAGUGUUGACCUGAGGAAAAUGAAGCCACUUAACCUACUUGUGCGUUGACUGUUCUGGAGAGGAAAGCCUUCACACGUUAUCCUCAGCCCUCUGGGGGCGGCGCGCUGGUUUCGAGAGAUGUGAGAGGAAGGAGAAGAAUGUAUGGCUUUUAUGGAAAGUUGACUUGGUUCAGGUCUAACGUGAGAUUAGAAUAAAACACAAAGAGUCUAGCAGUUGAUCUGUUCACUCAAAGAAGAGUCCUGUCGCCAGAACCCAGGUUAGUGAAAAGUAUCUGAUGCAGUUUGCUUAGGAUUUUUUAAAAAUAAUGUGGUAGAUUACAGUUUUCUCUAAUUCACUCACCUAUCCGAUGGCUCGCAUCCAGGCUGCUGCCCGUGGGGGAGCGGCACGCAUCGGACCCUCGUUGCGGAGAAGCCACGACACCCCGACUGUGUGUGUUCGGAACCCAGCACCGUGGCACACAGGGCCCUCUGGGGUUUUGUUGGGUUUGCUGUAACCUGCCCCACCUGGAGUUUACACCUAGUGCAAGGGGUCCUUGUAGAAAUCAGUUGUGGCUCAAGGCCAGUUACCAUAGUAACAAUCAGCAGAUAAAAUCCUGGACUUGAGAUUGAUUACAACUAAUUGUACUCAAGGUUGAGAAAUAAACAUCUUUAUGUGAAGUAAUCUUACUUAUCUUAUGUAAAUCAGUUCCUCCUCCACAGUUCAAAACUGAGGAUGGGUUUCAUUCACUAGCAUUUAGCCAGCUUUCCCUUGCCCUCGGAGGAGGAGAACCCCGCUCUCAGCCUGGUCUCUGUUGAGGAAAAUCUGGUCCUUGAGCUACAUCUGAUGCAAUGGAGUCAGACGCUGUCUUUGUAGUGACCAGGUGAAGCACGUUUCUGGUGGCGGGUUGGACAGCGAUGCAGUGUUAGAGGGCUAGAUGCUGCUGGUUUCUGCUGUUUCAGGUGCUCUUGGGUUUGUUUUCUCCAAAACCAAGAAGGGGGCGUGGGCUCCGGGCCGUGUGGCCUGUGGGUUCAGGCAGGCGGUGACACUCUGACCCCCGGCAGCAGGCACGGCGCUGUCACCAGCACUUGCACAGAGCAGGCAGUACAGGUUCGGCCAACGACGGCAUCAUGUGCCUGCAGCGCAUCCGCCCUGCAGCGGCUGCGGGACUCUGCCCACGGCUUCUCCCCGCCCCCAGACGGGCAGAAACACACUUGCUGCCCCAGGGUUCGUAUCUCCGUGUCCUCCCGUGGCUCUGUGUCUGUCGGGCACGCUGCGGUUCUGAUGUGUGCCCCGUUUUCUUCACUGAUUACGUUUAAGAGACUUGGGUUUUGUCGGCAAGCUGGCCACACUGCCGUUGUGCCCGCUCCUGCGGUGUGGCCUUAGAGUGCGGCUCCGCUGCUAGACCGGACUCGUCUGCUCUGCCGACGCGCACGCGCCUUCGCUGUUGGAACGGCGUCACAGCUGUUGACCGUGAACCUUCGGGCGAUUCCUUGUGAAGCCGAGUGUGGAUGUGCUGUCAUUCAUAGUGUUUCUAUAAAAAGUACCAGGAAUCUUCCCUUUUGCUACCUUGGUAUAGCAUCAGGCUAUCAUGUUGACAACAUUGAAAUACAUCAAUUUAUUAAAAAUACUUUUGUAAC